AUGAUACGAAAUGAUAACCAUGGAAGAGUUUUGGGCUCCCCAGGUAAAUCUAAUCCAAGAUUGAAUAACAAAACUAGUGAAGCAUAUGUGAAAGAGGGAGAUGCUGUUGACAAAAAUAGUUCGUCUUUUAUAAAAAUCCCCGUAGAUAAUGAAUUGGUUUGCCCCAUUUGUGAUCAGAUCACGAGUAACUUAGUUGAAUUGAACAAACAUAUAGAUAUCAACCAUUCUGAAUCUUCACUUGGCACUGUAUUUCCAGAGAACCACACGGAUGAAAGAAUUACGAAGACGAGAAGCCCGCUGAGUUUUCUAAAUGAGGAACAUGAAAGCGCAAUCUUACGAAAGAACUUGAAGGUAGAUUUGUUGGAUGACAACAAAAGCUUUACAUUAAGCGGUACUGGAAAAGCUCAACACAGCUUGCAAGCAAAUUUAAAUCCACAGAAUAAAAUUAGCAGGGCUCAUUGGGAACUGCCUACUUUAAAUGCCACUUGCGCCUUUAAUGGUUGUAAUAAGAGACUUGGGGUCAAAAACGGUAUUGUGAAUUGUCGAAAAUGUGGAAAACUAUUCUGUGAUAAGCACACGAAUUAUAAAGCUAAAUUGAAAAAUUCUCUGACAGGUCCUAUUUUUGAUUCAUCUCUAGAUUCAGUAUGGUGUCGAUGUUGCGAGUCCUGUUAUUACUCUAAACCAUACUUUAUCGAAAGAAAAGAUCCUAAAAGCAAUGAUUUGACUUCUAAAUUUAAAGACUCAAGAAUGAGGUAUUCUGAUACUAGAGUUUUAUCUAGAGAUAGGAUCCAAAGAAAGUUUAUAAAAUACGUCAAUUAUACAGUUGAGCAAUAUGUCAAAAAUGAAAAAGGUAUAUGGUCAAACUUUUUAAGAAAAUCAGUCGAACAUUUAGAAACCAAGAUGGCAAAUAGUGACGGUUGGCAAAGUGAUAAGGACGUUGCUUAUUGUACAAUUUGUUUUACUAAGUUCUCUUUAUUAAUAAGAAAGCAUCAUUGUCGCUUAUGUGGUCAAAUCGUAUGUGACGAUCCAUACGGAAUAAGGAAGAGCUGCUCAAUUUUGGUUCCCUUGAAUAAAGUAUUGGAAAAAGUUGCGAAUUUGAAUUAUUCUCCUUUAGUAAAAGCAAAUUUGGAUCAUCUUUUGAAAGAUGAUUCUCUCCGAUUCAGGUGCUGUGUUAAUUGUAAGAAUGAUUUACUAUUUGAAUGGAAGCAGGGGAAAAUGAAUGAAAGUGGUGGAAAAGAAAAAGAAGUUUUCAAUUAUUAUGAUCCGAUUUUAAUACUAAAACAACAAAUUUCUAAUCUUUUGCCCAAGUAUAAAAUAGACAUUGACGGAAAUAAUAAGGAAAACCUAAAUAAAAUAAGAAUUCGAUUGAUGGAUUAUCUUAAAUCUUACGAGAGUUCGUGUGAUAAAUUUAAAGGUGUAUUUUUUGAAAGAGAGGGUGAUGUACUACAUGUAAAAGGUGAAUUUCUGGAAUACGAUAGAUUGAUAAACAACAUCAAUCGGAGCUCUACAUUAUUUUUUCAAAAUAGCUUGUUAACAUAUAAGGAAUAUAGCCAAAUAUUGAAGAGCUUGGAACAGAAAAAGUUGAUGGCAUUUACAGCACCCCCAGAAAAAGUUCCCAAACUCACAAAGAAGGAAAUUAGAGAGCUAAGGGAACAAUUGAUGGUUAUGAAUGAACAAAAGUUCAUCAUUGAAAAUACUAUCAACGAGUAUACCAAAUUACGCAAAUUUGACGAGUUGAACUCGUUAAAUGAAAAUAAGCAUGAGCUCAGUAAUAUUAUAAAGGAACUAGAGGAAAGAUUAGGAGAGUUUGGCUUCUGA